GAUCCUAUGAAUCAAAGACAGUCAAGCCCACUUUUGUUAAAGGAACAAAUUAAGAGAUCAACGCUCUGUGAGAUCGCUCUCCGUUCUCUCUCUCUCUCUCUGUCUCUCUCUCUCUCUCACACAGAGCCAAAUCGAUCGCCGUCUCACACGUUUCAAAGAGCCCAUUUCCGAGGCGCAAUCCGAAGAAAAAUCAAUUCCUCCCACAUGGCAAAGAGGGAUGUCUGUUGUUCUACUCAACUUAUUGAUGGAGACGGUGAAUUCAAUGUCAAUGGAAUCGAUAAAUUUAUUAAGGAGGUGAGAUUAGGCGAAUGUGGACUGUCAUAUGCUGUAGUCUCGAUCAUGGGUCCACAAAGUAGCGGGAAGAGCACUUUACUAAAUCAUUUGUUUGGGACCAACUUUAGGGAGAUGGAUGCUUAUACAGGAAGGUCCCAAACAACUAAAGGUAUUUGGUUGGCAAGAUGUGGUGGUAUCGAGCCUUGCACUCUUGUUAUGGAUUUGGAGGGUACAGAUGGAAGAGAGCGUGGAGAGGAUGAUACUGCAUUUGAGAAGCAGAGUGCCCUUUUCGCUCUUGCUGUUUCAGAUAUAGUGCUAAUAAACAUGUGGUGUCAUGAUAUUGGUCGUGAGCAAGCGGCAAAUAAGCCUCUUCUAAAGACUGUAUUCCAAGUCAUGAUGCGAUUGUUUAGUCCACGCAAAACAACUUUGAUGUUUGUCAUACGUGAUAAAACAAGGACACCACUGGAAAAUUUAGAACCUGUUCUAAGGGAAGAUAUUCAGAAGAUAUGGGAUGCUGUUCCUAAACCCCUUGCGCACAAGGAAACUCCACUAAGUGAAUUUUUUAAUGUUGAAGUUGUUGCUCUUUCUAGUUUUGAAGAAAAAGAAGAGCAAUUUAAAGAGCAGGUUGCUAGCUUGAGACAACGAUUCUUUCAUUCUAUAACGCCUGGUGGGCUUGCCGGAGAUCGACGAGGAGUAGUUCCCGCUUCGGGGUUUUCUUUUAGUGCACAACAAAUCUGGAAAGUUAUCAAGGAGAACAAGGACCUCGAUCUUCCCGCUCACAAGGUCAUGGUGGCUACUGUACGCUGUGAAGAAAUCGCCAAUGAAAAGUAUUCCUCUUUUGCUGCAAAUGAGGACUGGUGUCACUUAGUAGAGGCUGUACAGUCUGGUCCUAUCCCUGGCUUUGGGAAGAAGCUCAGUUCAAUCCUCGAUGCUUUUCUAUCACAGUAUGAUGCAGAAGCUACAUAUUUUGAAGAAGGUGUCAGAUCUGCAAAGCGGAAGCAGCUUGAAGAAAAAUUGCUGCAGCUUAUCCAACCGACAUUCCAAUCUGUGCUGGGACACAUAAGGUCAGGAACUUUAGAAAAAUUCAAGGAAGUAUUUGAUAAAGCUCUGAAUGGAGGGGAAGGGUUUUCUUUGGCCUCUCGUAACAGCGUACAAUUUUGUAUGGCUCUGUUUGAUGAAGGAUGUGCAGAUGCUGUUAUUGAACAAGUAAACUGGGACAUGUCUAAAGUCAGGGAUAAACUUCGACGUGAUAUAGAUGCACAUAUUGCUUCCAUUCGUGCUGCCAAGCUUUCUGAAAUUAUUACUCUGCAUGAGGCAAAACUGAAAGAGGCAUUAUCAGCGCCUGUGGAAGCUCUUUUAGAUGGAGCUAGUAAUGAGACCUGGCCGGCCAUAAGAAAACUUCUUAGACGUGAGACUGAAGCUGCUGUCUCUGGGCUCUCUGGUGCACUUUCCGGUUUUGACAUGGAUGAACAAACAAAGGAUAAAAUGCUUGCAACUAUAGAGGACUAUGCAAGAGGAAUAGUUGAAGCAAAAGCAAGAGAAGAAGCUGGAAGGGCCCUGAUCCGUAUGAAGGACAGGUUUUCAACAUUGUUUAGUCAUGAUUCUGAUUCAAUGCCACGCGUUUGGACUGGGAAGGAAGACAUUCGAGCAAUCACCAAAACUGCUCGCUCUGCGUCCUUAAAGUUGCUGUCAGUUAUGGCUGCCAUCCGUAUGGAUGAUGAUGAUAAUGAUGGUAUCGAGAAAACACUAUUUGUUGCUUUGGUGGAUUCCGGCAAUGCUGCUGUUAAGGAUAGGAGCAUCACAACAUUUGAUCCACUGGCAUCAAGCACUUGGGAAGAGGUUCCACCCUCAAAAACAUUGAUUACACCUGUCCAGUGCAAAUCUUUGUGGAGGCAAUUCAAGGCAGAGACUGAAUAUAGUGUCUCUCAGGCCAUUGCUGCACAGGAAGCCCACAAGCGGAGUAACAACUGGUUGCCACCACCAUGGGCAAUUGUUGCCUUGAUAGUCUUGGGCUUCAAUGAGUUUAUGACACUUCUCAGAAAUCCUUUGUAUUUGGGUAUAAUCUUUGUUGUUUUUCUACUCCUGAAAGCCUUAUGGGUGCAGUUGGACAUUUCGGGUGAAUUUCGCAACGGUGCUCUUCCUGGGCUUAUCUCCUUGUCUUCCAAGUUCCUUCCCACUGUCAUGAAUCUUCUUAAAAGACUAGCAGAGGAGGGGCAAAUGCCUGCAACUAAUGAUCCACAAAGAAACCCUGCACUAGCAUCAAAAAGCUUUAGGAAUGUAGUAGGUGCCAGUAGUGAAACAUCAUCUAGUGCUUCAUCUGAAGUAACUUCAUCUGAAUACUCCAGCCCCGCAAAAGAAGACUAAAGGAACUCAUCCAUCUGGUUCAAGGAGCAAUUUUUUUCCAUUUGAAAAUGCUGGUGUUCUGCUCGCUCACACGUGUACGGUCCACGAAUGUAUCUCUUGUGAGCUUACGAGAGGAAUAGGUGUUGGAAGGCAUUGAUUUUUGUUGAAGUGCCGCAUAUGGGGGCUGUUGGUUUUUCGUCAGGAAGCGCCCACCCCCCCCCCCCCCCCCCCAUUAAUAGUUGUUACAUUGAAGUUAGGUGCUUUAUUUUGUUUGUUGGGUAAGCAACAGGUCUCUUGUUUGUCAUUUACUGAUGGUCUUUUAUUAUACUGGUUUGUAUUCAUCUUGUCAGUUGUAAUGCUGUGGUUGCAAUUUACUGAAAUUUGUUGAUGAACCCUUUUAUUUCUUUCAUUAGAAACCGGCUGGAAAGCUAAUUUUGCAGAAUAAGUAUGCAAGAGAGAUCAGUUAUUAUUGUCUGCAACUAUUAAUUGCACAAAGUGUGGCCGGAAAAUUGAAGGCUGCUCAAAUUCUGAUUCAACUACUUAGUUACUUUGUAAA